AUGGCUGCCGAUAAGGCUGCCGCCGCCUCGGGCGCUGACCUGGGCGAUGGUCUGAGGCAGCGUAACGUCGCUGCGUCGCAACCUGGCCUCAAGCCCCCGACUCCUCAGCCCGAGGAUAACAAGAAGCUCGCCAAGAAGGAGCCCUCUUUCCUCCAAAUUCUCGACGAGUGGGAGUUCAUCAUUGCCCCGCUGAUCUUCACGGCCGUUGCUAUCUUUACUCGACUAUACAAGAUUGGUAUUAGCAACAUUGUCACCUGGGAUGAGGCUCACUUUGGCAAGUUCGGAAGCUACUAUAUCAAGCAUGAGUACUACUUCGAUGUUCACCCUCCUCUGGGCAAGAUGCUCGUUGGUCUCUCCGGAGUUCUUGCUGGAUACAACGGUUCUUUCGAGUUCAAGUCUGGCGAGAAAUACCCCGAGGAAGUCAACUACACUGUCAUGCGUAUCUUCAAUGCCGCCUUUGGUAUUAUCUGCAUCCCCCUGGCCUACUUCACCGCGCGAGAGCUCCAGCUUCGCAGACCUGCCGUCUGGCUUGUGACUCUCAUGGUCCUCUGCGAGAACUCGUACACCACCAUCAGCCGCUUUAUCCUCCUCGACUCGAUGCUGCUGUGCGGCACUGUGGCCACCGUCUUCUGCUGGGCCAAGUUCCACAACCAGCGCCACAACAGCUUCGAGCCUGAGUGGUUCUUCUGGCUGUUUGCAACUGGUAUCAGCAUUGGCUGCGUGUGCAGUGUCAAGCUUGUUGGUCUCUUCGUUACUGCCCUCGUUGGUCUUUACACCAUUGAGGAUCUCUGGCGCAAGUUUGGUGACACCAAGAUGCCUGUGACUGUCCUCGGUGCUCACGUCCUUACCCGUGUCGUCGGUCUCAUCGUCAUCCCCUUCCUGAUCUACCUCAUCUCCUUCGCUCUCCACUUCGCCAUCCUUGACCGCAGCGGCCCUGGUGAUGCCCAGAUGAGCUCCCUCUUCCAGGCCAACCUCAAGGGUACCCAAGUCGGCAAGGACAGCCCUCUCGAGAUUGCGAUUGGUUCCCGUGCGACUAUCAAGAACAUGGGAUACGGCGGUGGUCUUCUUCACUCUCACGUCCAGACCUACCCCGAGGGUUCCAAGCAGCAGCAGGUUACUUGCUACCACCACAAGGACACCAACAACGACUGGUUCUUCUACCCCAACCGCCGAGAUGAUGACUACAACCCCGAGGCUGAUCUCCGUUUCAUUGGUGACGGCUCCGUCAUUCGCCUUAUUCACGCCCAGACUGGCCGCAACCUGCACUCUCACGACAUUGCUGCCCCCAUCACUCGAGGCCACAAGGAGGUUUCUUCUUACGGUAACCUGACUGUUGGUGACGACAAGGAUCAUUGGAAGGUUGAGGUUGUCCGGGAUGCUGCUUCUCGCGACCGCAGCAGGAUCAGGACUCUUACCACUGCUUUCCGUCUCAAGCACGAGGUUCUUGGCUGCUACCUUCGAGCUGGCAACGUCAACCUCCCUCAGUGGGGUUUCAAGCAGAUUGAGGUUACCUGCACCAAGGAGAACAACCCCCGCGACACCUACACUCACUGGAACGUUGAGGCCCACUGGAAUGACAAGCUUCCCCCUGCCGAGGCUGGCGUCUACAGAUCUCCCUUCUUCCACGACUUUGUCCACCUGAACGUUGCCAUGAUGACCUCCAACAACGCCCUGGUCCCCGACCCUGACAAGCAGGAUGACCUUGCCUCCAAGUGGUGGCAGUGGCCUAUCCUCCAUGUCGGUCUCCGCAUGUGCGGUUGGGCUGACGACAUCGUCAAGUACUUCCUCCUCGGUAAUCCUCUCGUCUACUGGGGUUCUACCGCCUCUCUCGGUGUCGCUGGUCUGGUCGUUGUUUGGUACAUCCUUCGAUGGCAGCGUGGCUUCAACGAUCUCAACCAGGACGAGAUCGACCACAUCCACUACUCGGCUCUGUACCCCCUGGCCGGCUGGUUCCUCCACUAUCUUCCCUUUGUUAUUAUGGCCCGUGUCACCUAUGUGCACCACUACUAUCCGGCUCUCUACUUUGCCAUUCUCACCUUUGGCUUCCUGGUCGACUGGUUUGUGCGAAACCGCAACAACACCCUCAAGACCAUCGUCUACGGCCUCCUGUACACCGUCAUCAUCGGCCUCUACAUCUACUUCCUCCCCAUCUGCUGGGGUAUGACCGGCAACCACCGGCAGUACAAGUACAUGAAGUGGUUCGACAACUGGCGAGUUACCGACUAA